ACAGAUGGUGAUGUCAUGUUGUGAAUUAGAGCAAUCGGCUAUAAAUAUGAUCUAUCACGAUGGCUUUUACACAGUUUGUAUCUUUGUGAAGUGCGAUAAGUAGGCGGAUAUUUAGAUACUUGUGAUAACAUCGCUGAAAAAAAUGAUGACUUUUUUGCACCUCAUCUCCAUCUUGGCACUUCUCUGCACCAGCUAUGCAGCCUACGUACCACUACCAGCAUCUGUAACCCCAACCUACAAUUACCCAACUGCUGUACCAGCCGUAGCAUCUCAAUCUCAAUCAGUCAUCAGAUCUUUAGACGGGAACUCCGUAAUAUCAUCUUACAGUAAAGCUGUAGACACCCCUCAUUCCAGCGUACGAAAAUACGACUCUAGAAUCAACAACGAUGCGGUUGUGUACACCCAUGUUCCUGCAGUAUCUUAUGCUGCCCCAGUUUACCAUAAACCUACCUACGUCAGCAGUCCAUAUUACCAUUACACAGCACCUAGUUACUCGCAUUCUGCAUACCCUGCAUCUUAUUCGGCUCCAGUUUAUACUGCUGCCCCAGCUGCGGUGUACCAUCAUCAUCCUACAGUCUAUCAUGCUGCUCCUGCACCUUCGUAUUAUCAUGCUCCUGCUCCUGUGAAAGCUGUCCCAGUUCCAACCGUUCAUGCACCGGUUGCUCAUCAGUAUUCGGAUGCUUCUUCUGUAUCGCAUUUGACUUUUGAAGGGUUUGGAGCUCAUUAUGGUUGGUAAUUAGGUUCAAAUACAACUCAUCCUUUGUGGUUUCUAAUUACCUACCUAUAAUGUAUUGUAAUCUUAUUUAUUGAAUGAUUAAAUCUAACAACAAUAAACGUAUCAGUGAUUGUU